AUGGAAUGCGAAUAUCGCCGACUGGCAGAUAUCAUCCGUCAAGAAGCCAAGAAUCACACGAGCCCACGCUUUCUCGUCGGCAUCGCAGGCGUUCCCGGUUCAGGAAAGACAACCACCGCACAGGCAGUCGUGCAACAACUAAACACAGACCCAAACUGCCGUGCCGCUCUACUUUCCAUGGACGGAUUCCAUCUCUCAAGAUCAGCCCUCGAUCAAAUGCCUAAUGCUACAGAAGCGUAUGUUCGCCGCGGCGCGCCGUGGACAUUCGACGUGGACCGCUUCAUUAAAUUUAUCGCUCGGCUACGCACGUGGGCUGAGAAUACACCACUCGUACAGUCUACGGGGUCCUGGCCUGCAACGGAUGUGAUCCGGGCGCCGACUUUCGAUCACGAAGCUAAGGAUCCAGUGGAAGAUGGGAUGGCUAUUACGCCGGAUAUUUCGAUCAUUAUCAUUGAAGGGAAUUAUCUUCUGCUUGAUGAGCCCAGGUGGCGAAAUUUGGCGGAGCUGGUUGAUUAUCGGAUUUUUGUCGAUACGGAUUUAGAAGAGGCGCGUGAGCGGACUGCGAAGCGACAUGUGCAGUCGGGGAUUGAGAAGACUCUUGCGGAUGGGUAUCGGCGAGUGGAUAGUAAUGAUUAUUUGAAUGGGGUCUCGAUUCGGGAGAAGCUGUUGACGCCGGAUAUGGUGGUGAAGAGUGUAACGGAUGCCAAGACAAGGGCACAUUAA